AUGGCAUCUCGCAAGAUCGUCUUGAUCACUGGUGGAAACAGUGGCCUUGGCUACGAGGCUGUGAAGGCGUUCAUCGAAUCUGAAAGACCUUACCAUGUCAUCAUGAGUAGUCGGUCACUGGAAAAGGGCAAGGCGGCUAGUGACAAGCUCCGACAAGAAUGUCCCAACGCAACCAACACCCUUGAUCUAAUUCAACUCGAUCUCGCGAGUGACGAGUCGAUCGAUCAGGCCUUUGGGCAGGUCCAAUCCGAGGUGGGAUACAUCGAUACACUUAUUAACAAUGCCGGAGCCACGUUUGACAUCGAAUACAUUCGCGGCAAGACAUCGCUCCGUGAAUGCUUCACAAAAUCUUAUAAUGUCAACGUGGCCGGCACGCACGUCUUGACUGCAACAUUCAUGCCGCUGCUGCUCAAGUCCUCGGACCCGCGCUUGAUUUUCGUGACGGGGUUGUCGCACAUCAACCAAGCUGGGGAGAAGUACUUCCCCACUCCGCCCCUGCCGGCUGGAUGGCCGAAGAAACUCGAUUUUGAAACGAUCGGAUACCGGUGCAGCAAGACGGCGCUGAACAUGUUGAUGCUGGACUGGAAUCAUAAGCUCCAAGCGGAUGGGGUUAAGGUCUGGUGUGUGGGACCGGGUAUGCUGGUGACCAAUCUGGGUGGUGUGCCGGAACUAGCGGUCCAGAUGGGUGCUAAACAUCCGAGUAUUGGGGGUCAGUUGUUGAAGAAGGUGGUUGAGGGGGAGCGGGACGACUCGGUCGGCAAGAUUGUUGUGGCGGCGGGGGUGAACCCAUGGUGA